AUGACCAUACUUUCCGAAGGUCUGUCCAUAUUCAGCAAAGUGGUGGGAUGGUCCUAUUUUGCAGCAUGGUCUCUUUCUUUUUAUCCACAAGUUUUUCUCAACUGGUGGACAAAGAGUGUUGUUGGACUGAGUUUUGACUUCUUAAUGUUGAAUAUUAUUGGCCACUCGUCGUACAUGGUUUUCAACAGUGUUCUGUUUUGGAAUCCUGAAUUAGAGGAGCAAUACCGUAUCUACCACGGAAAAGCUGAUGUGCAAAUUAAUGAUGUAGUCUUUAGUAUUCAUGCUGUGACAUUAACGGCGAUCACAAUUUUUCAGACAUUAAUUUAUGAGCGUGGAGGACAAACACUUUCAGUUUUGGCUCGGUCAAUCGCACUAACAAUCAUGUUAUCGAUCUGUGUGGCAGUGUUUUUGGCGCUUGGGCAUCGAAUUAUGUGGGUGGAUUUUUUGAAAUAUUUGGGAAUUGUAAAAUUGAUUAUUACUACUAUUAAGUACAUUCCACAAGCAUUUAUUAAUUGGAAGAGAAAGCUCACUAUUGGAUGGAGCAUUGGAAAUAUCUUACUGGAUUUUUCUGGCGGUGUUCUGUCAAUUUUUCAAAUGAUUAUUGAUGGAAUCAACACAGGCGAUUGGAGUCCUUUCUAUGGUGACUUUGUUAAAACUGGACUUGGAUUUUUGUCGAUAGGGUUCGAUAUUGUAUUUAUUGUUCAGCACUACAUCUUGUACAGAAAGAACAAUCAAAAGUACUACGCAGAAUUGAAACAACAGCCUUCAGUGUGGGUUGGCAUUUGGACGUCCAUUACUACCAAGGUCAAAACGGUAUUUCGAAGGAAGGACGCCUAUUCCGUUCUUGAAGAAGAGCAUCCUGAAACUAAAACUAUUGGAGAAACCAAUCCACUCAUUUCCGAUGGAAUCUAUUACAACAAGACAUCCUCGAGCAUUCAACGAUUGUAA